AAUCAAUCAAGACGCAUUCAGUAGUGUCAAUUUUGACCAUUUGAGAUGACUGUUUUUCAGACCAUUUUAGGCAACAAGAAAUUACUGGUGGCAUGCAUAGCAACAGCUGUAAUAACGGUAUGUUCGAUUGUUAUCCCAGUAGUAGUGGUGAAAUCCUACGAAGAUAUGUUCUUCAACGGCAGAGAUGUGCUCGACGAAGUGCCAUUGAUUGAUGGACACAACGAUCUUCCAUUCAACAUCUACAAAUUGGAACGCAACCGGUUAGCAAAUUUCAACUUGGAUUCCAACCUAAAACUGCACCCAGUAUGGGGCCAAACCAAUACAAGUCACACAGAUCUUCCGCGGUUACGUCAAGGCAAACUGGGAGCUCAAUUCUGGGUUGCAUAUGUGAGGUGCGCCGAUACGCAGUACAUGGACGCUGUAGCUCGUACUCUAGAGCAAAUCGACGUCGCUAAGCGACUCAUUGCCAAGUAUCCAGAUGAUCUCAAGUAUGUUACGACGGCCGACGGGAUCAUCGAAGCAUUUGGAGAGAAGAAGAUUGCUUCCUUGCUAGUAGUCGAAGGUGGUCAUUCCAUCGAUUCCAGGCUUGCCAUACUGCGACUGUUCUAUGAGCUCGGAGUUCGCUAUAUGACGUUGACGCAUUCGUGCAACACACCUUGGGCUGACGCUUCCCCCGUCGAUGAAACAAACGAACCCAUUCAGUUGAACAAUCUUUCCGAGUGGGGUCGUAAUGUGAUCUGGGAAAUGAACCGACUCGGAAUGAUGGUCGAUAUAUCGCAUGUAAGCUACGGUGUGAUGCGGGAUGUCAUCAAACACAGUAAGGCUCCGGUGAUUUUCAGCCAUUCGUCUUCACAUGCCGUAUUCAAACAUCAUCGAAAUGUGCAGGAUGAUGUACUGCGUGAGCUGGUCAUUAACGAAGGGAUUGUGAUGGUGAAUUUUUACCCCAACUUUGUUGGUGGAAAUCAUAUUGAUGAUGUUGUGAAACACUUCAACCACAUUAAGUCGGUGACUGGUCCCAAUUACAUCGGAAUUGGAGGCGACUACGACGGAGUUGCACUGACUCCUGAAGGGUUGGAAGAUGUUUCCAAGUACCCGGAGCUGUUUGAUAUACUAGCACGCGGCAAGAUGAAAUCGGGUGAAAGGUUCAAACCCUGGUCCAGACAGGAGCUGCGAAGCUUGGCAGGUCUUAAUUUGCUGCGAGUGUUUCGAGCCGUUGAACGAGUCCGCGAUUCUAUGGUUGCCGUAGCCCCCUACGAAGACAUUAUACCUUUCGAAGAGUUCGAAAAGGCUGGGGUUGGUGAUCAACCAUGCAUGUCGAACAUGGGAAUACACAAAGAAUAAAGUCGAACGAAUUGUC